AUGGGGAUCCACCUGGUGGCGUUCGUGGCGGCGAGGGGCUUCCUGCAGGUGUUCCAGGUGUCGGCGCCGCUGCUGUGGCCGCUCAACCUCUGGCUGCCGCUGGCGCGCCACCUGCCCGAGGCCUGCGCCGCCUUCUACGACGCCCUCGUCUCGCACGCCGCCCGCCUGCGCGCCACCGUCCGCCGCCACCGACGCGACGGCGGCAGCCGGUCCGUCCUCGACGAGUACCUCCGCAACGCCACGAUGCUAACCCUCUCGGACUGA